UAACCUGUGUGAAAUGAACUGUGUCCGUUUCAAAUGGAUUUGAUGCGCGUCCACGCGCUUAAUCUUUAAUGGCACAUUAACGACUGAGAGGUGACGAGAUUUGCUUAACCGUGUCUUUCAAACGAAAGCAGAAAACUAUAAAUAAGGAUUAAAUCCAGGAUAAUAGGCAGGAUUUAAAAGGCACUAGAUCAGUAAGCCGGAGAAUGGAGACUUCUCUAUCUAAAGAGAAGUUCAUCAUCAUACUUUGAAAAAAUGUGUGGUCUUGUAACAGGGUGGGAAAAGAUCAAUGUCCACUCGUGUUAGUUCCUGACUGACACUGACUAAGCGGAUUGUUUUUUGGCUAUCUUCGAUUUAGAUCGGCACUUCUCCAUCCUUAGUUAACGAACAACAAUAGGCGUAAUAGCAGUGGUGAAUUCAUGAAUCGGUUAUGAACAUUCACGGUAUUUAUCGAGACAACGCUACAGUCAACAACUAUAACGGAAUAGCCAUACACGAUAUCUUGACAAGCAAGUGAUGGGUAAAAAGUCAAAAUAGCGUUCCACCCCCACCUGCCCUGGUGUGGUUAGACUGCAGGAUGGACCCCUGGCAAACUCUGGUUUCAAGAUGUUCUUCAUGGUGGCAGAUGCAUACUCCGCACGCACUGAGAGCUUGUCUUUAUGAAGUAUAUAAACCCCUGGUGCCACUCCUGCUUUGCAUCGCUGCCCUGGUGGCUGUGAUUCUGUACGCUCUUGCCGAUAAUCUACGCAGCUUUGUAUCCAGGAUCUUCCUUCCCCAGUAUUAUUACCCUUAUGCAGUGCCACUUGCAUUCAUACAGGUAUGUCUAAAUCUCCUGGCAUUGCUAGCCUUGCAUGGUGUGGGUCUGAUUCGCCUUAAGCCUUUCUCCCUGAGGCUGUCUGAGCGUUUGUUUGUACCUGCCAUCUGUGGGGGUGUCCAGUGUGCUUUGGACAUAUGGGCUGAAGCAAGUGCCCACUCUGGUCUGUACUCGCUCACCGCCCGAUUCCUCCCAUUGGUCAUUGUGAUCCUAGGUCACCUGUUUGCACUGAAUCUACCUGGUUCAAUCCACAUCUCCUGCCUUCUGACAGCUGUCACGGUCGCCUCUGUCAGUGUCACAGCAUUUCAAGGACUGCAUACGAUGGAGCCGCUGGAAUACGUCUACUCUCCCCUCAACCUGAUCCUCCACAGCCUGUCUCUUGUGUGGCUAGCUAAAGUCUCCCAAACGGAGCGAGGUGAUGCCUCAACCUUUGACCUUUACUACAAUCUAACAGUUACACGCAUCCUUUUAUUAGGGUUCCUAUGUUUUAUACACCCUGAUGGCCUGAAAGCACUGACUGACGGCAGCUGGCACAGUCUCCUGUUUUAUGGAUACAUGCUUGGAAUGUUGCUGCUGGGUGCUGUGCAACUUCUCUUUGUGAAUAUGACAGCUCUGUAUUUUUCUGCUUUGCCGGCAGCUGUGCUGCAUGCAACCAGAGGACUAGUUUUGCCCCUCUUGAACGUAUUAUAGGAAAUGCUGAGCAAUCAGUGUACAACAUUACAAACAUAUGUAGAGGCAACAUUGAAGGGUGACCAUCCAAAGGACUGCUAUAUCAUUGAUACAACAACAGUAUUAAGACUGAACUCGAAAGAUUAUGGCAGAGCUAAUAUGUGACUUCUUUGUUGGCUUGCACUGAAAUCUAUCAAACUUUAUUUGCAUUGUGGUGUUAUUUUCAUUACAGCUAGGCUUAAUUUUUUCAAUUAUCACUAGGUAAUGCAAAAGUAUUUAUACAUUAUUGUAGAAUAUGUUAUACUGUUUUAUAUUUAUGCUGCUUGUAAUAAAAAAAAAAAACUAAUUAUAGAAGUCAAA